AAUCUAUCUAUUUCGCCACGCGUUACUAGCUGGCCCAGAUACAAUAUAGGCUAAUGAAUGAGGUUUGAUGAUUUUAUUCGCACAUGACAGUAGGACAGGCUCAACCAGACUUAUGAUUAUAUACACUAGUGACGUCUAUUGGCGAAUGGCUUCCUAUCGGAGUACAGUGCCCUACAUGGAGACCAGCUGAAAUAUUCGGGAUCAGGGUAAACUGAGAGACAGCAUGUGCACCUUGAUGUCUUGCUGUGAGCCGUGUCAGUGAUUUGAUCAUCACUGAUCCACUGCCUCUGCCCUGGUCGUCUUUGUGAGCAACCCUCAUCCAGAGAGGGCUUCUGGGUACUUCCAUGGUGGGGGAGAAGGGCCGUUGCAAAGCCAUGGAUAUUAAGCGCCUGGCUGGUUUGCUCCAGCGUGGGGCGGGCCGCUUGCUGGUCAUCGAUAGUCGGACGUUCUCAGAGUUCAACGCGUCACACGUGCACGGUGCUGUUAACGUCUGCUGCUCCAAACUGGUCAAGAGGAGACUUCAGCAGGACAAGGUGUCAGUAACCGAGCUCCUGCAACCCAACGGAAAGGUCAAGGUUGACCUGGGCCGGAGACAAGAGGUGGUAGUGUAUGACCAGAGUACAAAGGAUGCUGGUCAGCUCUCCAAAGACAGCUUCGUCCACAUCCUCCUGAGCAAGCUGGAUGGUACCUUCCACAGAGUGUCUCUGCUCACAGGUGGUUUUGUAGCAUUCUCCUCCUGUUUCCCAGGCCUGUGUGAAGGUAAGCCGGUAGCCACUCUGCCAAUGAGCUUGUCUCAGCCAUGCCUGCCCGUGGCGAAUGUGGGUCUUACACGAAUCCUGCCCCAUCUCUACCUGGGCUCACAGAAAGAUGUGCUCAACAAGGAUCUGAUGGCUCAGAAUGGUAUCACGUAUGUGUUAAAUGCCAGUAACACCUGCCCAAAGCCUGAGUUUAUCUCUGAGAGCCAUUUCAUGCGCAUUCCUGUCAAUGACAACUACUGUGAAAAACUCCUGCCAUGGCUAGACAAAACCAACGAAUUUAUUGACAAAGCCAAGGUUUCCAACUGCCGAGUCAUUGUCCAUUGUUUAGCUGGCAUCUCCAGGUCCGCCACCAUUGCCAUAGCUUAUAUAAUGAAGACAAUGGGCUUGUCAUCAGAUGAUGCUUACAGGUUUGUGAAGGACCGCAGGCCUUCAAUAUCACCUAACUUCAACUUCCUGGGACAGCUGCUGGAGUUUGAAAAAGGUUUGAGGUUGCUGAAGGCUCUGUCUUCAGGUCAAAACAAUUCAGAGCAGUUAAAGGAAUCCUCAGAGCCUAGAGGACAUUCAUCUGGUGAUCUUGAGAAGGGCUGUCUGGAGGCUGAGAAGGACAGCUCGGAAUUAGAUGCCAAGCUAUCUUCUCCAACCUCCCUCCAGCAGGGUUUUAAUGGCUUGAACCUAUCAGCAGAGCGCAUCCUGGACACCAACCGCCUGAAGCGCUCUUUCUCACUCGAUAUAAAAUCUGUCUAUGAGCCCAACCACUGUCCUCGCCUUGCGCCUGUGCAUACAGAGGAUGUCCCCAAACUCUGCAAGCUGGACAGUCCAGAGGCUGGAGAGGCUAAUGGUGUCUGCCAGUACUCCCCUGGUUUUGCUGAAUCCCCAGGCCUUUUUCCUGAGAGCAGCUCUCGACCUCGUUCACGGAGGAAAAGCAAGCACAAUGGUAGCAGUGCUGGAAGUUCUCCCGUACACUUGCACGGCCUAAAUUUUGGACGUUCACUACCUGCACACAAGAGUCCCAGUCUUGAUGACAAUCUGAAGCCCUCCCUGCUGCUCAGCCUUCCCACUGUGGGCACCGGGCCCAUGUGGACCAAGCAUAGAGACACCGUACAGGCCACCACCCCUGUCACACCAACAGGCGAAGCCCCCUGGUUCUACAGCUCGGAGUCAAUGAACAGCAAUGGAGGUGGUGGAGGGGCGGUACACUUUCCAAUGCUAGGCUGCAGCAGUCUCCCAGGACCGUGUGAGGUUGUGCAUAUACGGGAGAAGGCAGGUGAGCCACGAGGCUCAAGGGGCAGCUGGCAUGAAGAUGCUCCCACUUCCAGUGCUGCUGAUAAACAGUUCAAGCGUCGCAGCUGUCAGAUGGAGUUCGAAGAGGGGAUCUCGGAGACACGUUCAAGAGAAGAAUUGGGAAAGAUGAGCAAGCAGUCCAGCUUCUCCGGAAGCAUGGAUAUCAUUGAAGUAUCCUGACAUCAUCUGCACUGCCCCAAGGAUUUAACACACAGUCGGACAGGCGCCACCUAUAGGCAAGGAUGACUAAGAGUGAAAAAGUGGUGUGCCUAGAAGGCUGUUUUGUAAAACAAUCAUAUUAGUUCAUAGGCUUGUCAAUAAUGACAGGUUCUCAGAAAUGGGACUUUUUUGUUUUUUUAAGACAGAAGAACCGGAUGCAGAUUGACAUUGCUUUUGUCUUUCUACUGUUUUUAAGCCAUAGCCAUCCCCAAAUGACAGGGGGCUGAGACUGAACUGCAGAAUCCAACCAGUUCCCUCGCUCUUGAAACAGACCCCCUGUUCCUCAUAAAUAAAUAAAAAAGCUUUAUCAGCCUUUUCAUGUAUUGAGAAUCAAACAUGGCUGUUAUGCUCACACUUGUUUCUUUUAUCAUGGACUCAGUGAAGUUACGCUGCCACAGCACAUGGAGUCAGCACAGACUAAGUCUUGGUCGUACAUGCUUUGACUGGCUGAAUGAAGGCCUCUUUGUGCCAUGCUUUUGUCCAGCCUGCUCCUGCAUCCCAGCAUUCAUGGAAUCCUGGAGGUGGAACCAGGCAUGUUAUGAAGGAAAAGCAUUGUGGGUGUUUUCCCAUAAUGUUCCUCUCUGUCAUUCUUUUGUUACCCAGAUUUCAGGGUCUUGUCCUUCCCCUCUUGUUCCCAAGUGGUGAUGCUCAAACUGUUGCGCUACCCACGUUCCUCUCACUGAGCAUGCUUCAAGGCUGCUGUUCCCUUACAAACAAAUAGUUAUUGAACUCUACACAGUGAUUUCAAUGAACCUUUAAAUGUUUUUUGUCAUUCUCUUAGUUGCAGUUGUAAUUUAUUCUACUGGUUCAUUCUGGUAAUGAGAAAUAAUAUAAAGAUUGUGGAGUUUUUAAAUGUUUCCUCUUUUUUCAGUGAUAUUUACAAAUACACUUGCAAGAUUGAUACGCAACUACAAGCAAUAUGUGUUUUCACACCUUUUUUUGUCCUCCUUCUGUUUAUAAGGGAGCGUGGUUAUUACCAGGAAUUAUCUGACAUUUAAAUGCACUUUCUGUUGCUUUAAGAGGAAAGUUUUUGGAUGGUCUCAUUAAAAGGGUACCACAACGCUUUCCAAAAAAAGAAAAAGAAAGAAAAAAACGUGUGUAACCAAUUGAUGUCCUGCGGUGUGUGACCAGCCUGCUGGCUUGAAUUAUUAAAGACUUUAAUCCAGCAUGAAUAAUCUAGAAGAAUAUGUAUGAUACCCCAGCAUUGUAAAAUGAGUAGUGACUCGAUUUUGAUUUUCAAGAAUUUGAUUUUUGUAUUAACAAGCACACAAGACAAAACGCAAUGACAGGGACUCUAAGGGGUUUGUCUGUGUCUCUCAUUUGUUCUGCAUAUUUAUGACUUUAUUUAUUGUUCAUUUUGGUCUGAUAGUGGGAGGAUGUGUGGAUGGAUGAUAUGAAUGGCUGACAGAUGGACCCUUUGCAGAUGCUCCUACAGACUAGUGUCUUGGAGUGGAGAUAAGCCCCCUAACCUUUUCAUACGCGACUGUGCAGCCAUAUUAAAAAAAGUAAACACAAAUAGAUUCAUCUUAAACCUGCCGGAUGGUCCAAUACAGUUACUAUUUCUGUCGGUCAACUAGUUUUAAAUGGUUGAUAUAGAAGGCCGGGCACUGAUAAGAACAGAAUCUGCAUAUAAUUCAAUACAUUCUGCUUGCUUUCUUCUCAGGGGAGCUAUUGAUGAGUCAGUUCCAUUUCUAUCUCUCUCUUUUUCUGUCUUUGUCUCUCAAUCACACUUAGCACCAAUCUCUCUUUCUCUCUUUUGCUCCCUUAUUCCUUUCACCUACUCUGUUUCUCUCAUAUUCUCUAGAACACUCCAAAGUUUAAAUAUAACACAAGAAAGCAUAUGUGUGUGUGCAGAUGUGAAUGGAACUGCCCUCUCGCUGGGAGAUAGUUCAGCAAUUUAUUUAUGUCUGUAUUUUUCAGUUAGCUUUUCUGAAUGGCAAACAUUUGAUCUUGUAUUUGUGCUGCUGUAAGAUCUUUUUUUUCCUUGUGAGACAUUAACUGUCUUUCCUUUUCCUUCUCUGUACUAUAUUUUUAAAGACAUUGUUAUCAUUAUUUAAAACAUGUAAUAAAAAGAUGCAGGCUGUC